AUGAAGUCGCCCGGUAAAUAUCAAGAUGAAGAUAGUAAUCGACCCACCGCCACUGAAGAAUUGGCUGGAUAUCUGUGGGAUAACUAUAUUGAACCCAACGAGGCCACCGAAGUUAUCUUCAUGGGAGUCGGCGACGCUUUCUUUGGGGUUGCCAACCUUUUGAUCAACAGAGACAACCUAUACAAACGAGUCAACGGCGUUAUCUCCUUUGUAGCAGAAAACCCCGUCCGAGCGAUCGCCUCACCCACACAAACCUGGCUAUCGAGAUGGUACAAAGAUAACUCCCUCGUAUUUGUUUCACACACGCAUGGAGUUUGGACCGCUGAGCCUCGACGUAAGCCGUCAAAACGCUACGGCCACCUUCUCUCCUCGCCUAAAGCCGGGCUCACGGAGAUGAUGCUCCACCAUAAAGAGGAAGUGUGCAAGUGGAUCGAGGAACGAGUCGAUGUGCGAGAUAGCGACGAGUCGGAUGGAGAGCAGCAGCAGAAUGCUGGUAGCACCAACAACAUCAGCUAG